CAAGCUCGAAGCCACAACACUGUCCAAUACGCGACGACGAGCAAGCCACCCACUCAAGACUCAAGAGCAUGGCACAAGUCACGGUCUUCGACUCGGUCCUCGUCGGGAACCUCUUCGGCACCGAAGAAAUCCGCGACUGCUUCUGCGAGAGCGCGUACGUCGCCAACCUCGUCAAAGCGGAGGUCGCGCUCGCGCAAGCCGAGGAAGCCGAGGCCAUUAUACCCGCCGGCGUCGCGGCCGCUAUCAGGGAGCACUGCGCCGACGUCUGGAGGCUCGACUGGGCGCUGCUCGGCCUCCGCACUGAGGCUGUCGGCGACCCGGUCCUGCCCUUGGUCGAGCAGAUGGCUGAGUUGGUCCCUGAUGAACUCUCCGGGUACAUCCACUGGGGCGCCUCAAGCCAGGACAUGAUGGACCUAGCCUCAACCCUGCAAAUGCAGCAAGGCCUCGCCAUCACCGAAACCCUCCUCCGCAAAAUAACCUCCACCCUGACCCGCAUGGCCCUCGCCUACCGCGACGUCCCCAUGGCCGGCCGCACCCACGCCCAGCACGCCGCGCCCAUAACCUUCGGCUACAAGUGCGGCGUCUGGCUGGCCAGCUUCCAGCGACACCUCGCGCGCCUCACACACCUGCAAGCCACCAGCCUGCUCGCACAAUUUGGCGGCGCGGCCGGCUCCCUCGCCUCGCUCUCGCUCGCCCGCGGCCCUAGCACCGACGCAGCCGCUGCCGCCAGUGCCAUCCGCGUCCGCAGGCGCAUCGCGCACCUCCUCGGCCUCACCGACCCCGUCAUCUCCUGGCACACGGCGCGCGACACCGUCGCCGACAUCACCAACUUCCUCGCGCUGGUGGGCGGGUCGCUGGGCAAGCUCGCACAGGACCUGCUCCUCCUGUCAUCGGCCGAGGUAGGCGAGGUCGCAUUCGCGGAGCCGGACACCCCGGCCUCGCUGCCCGCGCUGCCCUUGCUGCCGCUGCAGCGCAACCGCCCCCUGCCGGCCGAGGCGAUGCUGGCGGCGAGCAAGCUCGUGCGCGCGCAGGCGAGCCUCGUCCUCGACGCCAUGGUCAGCGCGAGCGAGGGCGGGGGCGGGCCAUGGCGGCUCGAGUGGGCGGCCGUGCCGACGGCGUUUAUGGCGCUGGUCGGGGGGCUGCAGCAAGCGGAUUUGGCGCUGGCAGGGCUGCACGUCAAUCAGGAUGCUAUGCUGCGGAACUUGCGGUCGACGCGGGGGCUGGUUGUUGCGGAGGCGGUGGCGUUGCGCUUGGCGCGGUUUUUGGGGCGCUCGGAGGCGGGUGAGAUUGUGCGGGCCGCGUGUGCUGUUGUGAGCGAUGAGGGAGUGUCGUUGUUUCAGGCGCUGGAGAGGCAGGAGCGUGUCGUGGGGCUUUUGGGGGGAGAGGAGUUGGAGGACUUGUGUGAUCCGACGAGGUAUCUUGGCUGCUGCGGGCCUAUGGUCGAUGAGCUUGUUGGGAACUGAUUUGUAGGUGGACAACAACAACAAACGAGACUAGAAGGUACCAAAAAGAAGCCAAUUCGCACCGAAUAAAUCCUGCUUUAUAAUAGUAAAGCUCUAGACAAUCAAUAACCUAGCUAAUUGUGAGGACACGGAUGGACACGGACACGGACUACGUGGACAACAACUCCUAUCCCCGACCAAAACACACCUACUCCGUACCUAGCACCCCACUACAGCUCUCCUGGCCCCAACCUUACUAAUUCACGCAGACACGCGCCGC